UUGGUACCUGUGUAUGUUCAGUUCUGGGCUUGCCAAAUACUUUUCCAUCCUAGGGUCGUCAUAGCUGAUGCUGAAACCAAGUUUCAAAACGCCUUUGGAAGUUUACCUACGAUACGAGUGUUUUGUCCAGGCCGAGUGAACCUAAUAGGCGAGCAUAUCGAUUACCAUGGAUAUGGUGUUUUACCAAUGGCUAUCAACGAGGGCACAGAAAUUCUGGCGGCUCCGAAUGGUAAGCAGGAAAUUCGACUGGUGAAUAUCGACGAUCAGUACCCGCAAAUUUCGAUCUCUCUGCCUCUUGAUUGGAAAGGUGCUUCCCCGCCGAAAUGGUCUGACUAUAUUCUUUGUGGCUGGAAAGGGAUUAUGGACAAGCUUGGAGUGGAACAAAUCGGAUUCGACAUGCUCGUAGGAGGUGCCAUUCCUCCUUCAUCUGGACUAUCAAGCAGCUCAUCGCUUGUCUGUGCUGCUGCCUUAAUAACUUGGAUGAUCCAUACGGGAAACAUCUUUGAAGGACUAACAAGAGAGGAGCUUGCUGAACUGUGUGCCACUGCGGAACAUUACAUUGGGACUCAGGGAGGAGGAAUGGAUCAGGCUGUGGAAGUACUAGCUGUAGAGGGUAGUGCUCUUAGAAUAGAGUUUUCACCACUUCAAGCACGACCAAUAGCGUUGCCACCUCUUGCAUCAUUUACAGUUCUUCAUUGUGGAGAUACACUCAAUAAGGCUGCCACAUCGCAGUUCAAUGAACGGGUUGUAGAAGGGAGAUUAGCCGGAAAGCUCCUGUUGCAACAAGCUGGAGGUUUAGCUGCCAAAUCAUGGCGAUUGAAAGAUGUUCAGGAAGCCGUUGGAAAAUCUUUGGAAGAUAUGGUAAUCAUGUGUGAAUCUUUGCCUGAAAGGGUAUCUCGGGAACAGCUGGAAGAGAUGUUAGGAAAGGAUACAGUUACAGAAUGCCUCAGUUCCAAUACUCAGCAAAUGACGUCCUUCAAGCUUCGAUCACGAGCUCGACAUGUUUACAGCGAGGCGGAUAGAGUUAAUAAAUUUGAACAAGCAUGCAAGAACAACGACUUGGCUGAAAUGGGUAGACUUAUGACAGCAAGCCAUGACAGUUGUAGCAAGGACUAUGAAUGCAGUUGUACAUCGAUGGACAACCUGGUUGAGGAAUGCUUGAAUGCAGGCGCUUUAGGAGCUCGCCUUACCGGAGCGGGAUGGGGAGGAUGUGCAGUAGCCCUUGUCGACAACGCUCAUCCACCAGAUCUUGGAAAGAAAACACUGUUCCAAAGCGAGCCUUCAGCUGGAAUUUCUGCUUCUUUUCUUUGA